AUGUACCAACAGCACGUUGAAAAGAUUGAUACAUUAAGUGAGCUACACUUAUGUAGAGGUAGCAAUGACGCAGAGAAGGCUGUGGAGAUUGUUCUAAACGAGGGAAUAGAGAUAGACAUUCCAGGACAAAGCAACCGUACACCUUUAAUGUGGACAAGUGCAUCAUCCUCUAGUGAGUUUAUCCAGACCCUCAUUGAUCUUGGAGCUCAGGUAAGUACUCAGAGACCAGCAGACAAUGUUACGCCUUUAAAUGUGGCAGUUGUUAACAACAAUUAUGUGGCCGUUAAAAUUCUCUUUUAUCACGGAGCUAAAAUGGGCCUUCAAGAUAAUUAUGGAGACCUACCACUGCACGAUAGUGCUAGGAGGGGAUUUUUUAAUGUCUCCAAACUAUUAAUUGAUUCAGGUUGCGACAUCAACAUGAGGAACAACAACGAAGAAACCCCGCUCUACGUGGCAGUCGAAAAUAAACAUGUUCACUUAGUCAAAUGUCUUCUUGAAGGCGGCGCUGAUGUGAAUAUGAAAUACUGCAAGGAGAAUGAAUGA